UAGUUUUCCCGCGCUUUUAAGUCCUCGCACAAUCACACACAAACCUUGGAGAGGAUAGGAGAGAAUAACAAUGUCUGACCAGCCGACUUCUCCAUCAGCUGCCAUGAGCUCUCCGGAGCCCACCACUCCCAGCCGCUCCAGUGUGUCUGGUAGGCGUCGUCGGAGAUCUUCACGUGGCUCAAAUGUAGAUCCAGUUACCUCCUCUCCUGGCCGUGACCUUCCUGCCUUUGAGGAUGAAAGUGACCUGAUAGGAAAUGACCAGCCAGUGGAAGAAGAAGAUGGAGAAGAACUGUUUGGUGAUAAUAUGGAGAAUGACUACCGCCACAUUCCUGAGUUGGAUGUAUAUGACCGUGACAACCUUGAUGAUUCUGAGUAUUCGAUGUUGAGUGAAGGAGACCGUGUUGCUGCUGAAGCACAGAUGAGGAAACGAGAUCGUGAAGAAGACCGUGUCACUGGCCGAAUGCGACGAGGCCUACUAUAUGAUGAGAGUGAUGACGAAGAUGAUCGUCCAGCAAGAAGGCGUCGCCUGGCAGAGAGAGCUGUAGAAGGAGAUGCCCCUGAAGAUGAAGAGAUGAUUGAAUCUAUUGAGAACCUUGAAGAUAUGAAGGGACACAGUGUGCGUGAAUGGGUAUCCAUGCUUGGGCCCAGGACUGAAAUUUACAAUCGUUUCAAGAAUUUUCUUCGCACUUACGUAAAUGACAAAGGCAAUAACCUCUACAAGGAUAAGAUUCGUCAGAUGUGUGAAGAAAAUAAAUCUUCUUUUGAAGUGGAUUACAACAUUAUUGCCUCAGAAGAACAAGUUCUUGCAUAUUUCCUCCCUGAAGCCCCAACCGAGAUGCUGGAGAUCAUGGACUCUGCUGCAAAAGAUGUUACUCUUUCCAUGUUUCCCCAGUAUGAAAGGAUUACCAAAGAAAUUCAUGUGAGAAUUACAGAUCUGCCACUAAUAGAAGAAUUGCGAUCGCUCAGGCAACUUCAUCUAAAUCAACUUAUUCGCACUUCUGGGGUAGUAACAUCCACAACAGGCAUCCUCCCUCAGCUUUCAAUUGUCAAAUAUGAUUGUAAUAAGUGUUCAUAUGUACUAGGACCAUUUGUUCAGUCACAGAACUCUGAACUAAGACCAGGAUCUUGCCCAGAGUGUCAGAGUAAAGGUCCUUUCACAAUUAAUAUGGAACAAACCGUAUACCAAAACUACCAAAGAAUCACACUUCAAGAGUCACCAGGCAAGAUAGCAGCAGGUCGUCUUCCUCGCUCAAAGGACAUUAUCCUCUUGGGCGACCUUUGUGAUUCAUGCAAACCUGGAGAUGAUAUAGAAGUGACUGGGGUUUACACAAAUAACUAUGAUGGGUCACUCAACACAAAUCAAGGUUUUCCAGUGUUUGCAACAAUCAUCAUGGCAAAUCAUAUUGCCAAGAAGGAUAAUGCCAAUGCCAUUAAAGCUCUGACAGAUGAGGACAUUAAGGCUAUUGUCAGCUUGAGCAAAGAUGAGCGUAUUGCUGAGAGAAUUGUAGCCUCAAUGGCUCCAUCUAUUUACGGUCAUGAAGACAUCAAAAGAGCCUUAGCACUUUCCCUUUUCGGUGGUGAAAGUAAAAAUCCUGGAGAAAAGCAUAAGGUUCGUGGGGACAUCAAUGUGCUGGCUUGUGGUGAUCCAGGAACAGCCAAGUCUCAGUUCCUUAAAUAUAUCGAGAAGAUUGCACCACGUGCAGUCUUCACAACUGGGCAGGGUGCUAGUGCUGUGGGUUUAACUGCCUAUGUACAGCGGUCACCAGUCACUCGAGAAUGGACAUUGGAGGCAGGAGCACUUGUUUUGGCUGAUAAAGGUGUCUGUCUCAUUGAUGAGUUUGAUAAGAUGAAUGAUGCUGACCGCACCAGUAUCCAUGAAGCUAUGGAACAACAGAGUAUUUCCAUCUCAAAGGCAGGCAUUGUGACUUCCCUCCAAGCUCGUUGUGCUGUAAUUGCAGCUGCUAACCCCAUUGGGGGUAGAUAUGAUCCUUCCAUGACUUUUUCCGAGAAUGUUGAUCUGUCAGAGCCCAUUCUUUCCCGUUUUGAUAUUUUGUGUGUAGUGCGUGACACAGUUGAUCCAGUACAAGAUGAACACCUUGCACGGUUUGUUGUUGGAUCACACAUCCGCCAUCACCCUGGAGCGACUGCUGCUGAUGCUGCUGCUUUUACUAUGGAUGGACCAGUGAUGGGAGGAUCAAAUCUUUCUGGUGUAGAGAAGAUUCCACAAGACCUACUAAAGAAAUACAUUAUCUAUGGGCGAGAAAAAGUUCACCCCAAGUUACACCAGAUGGACCAAGACAAAGUAGCCAAGAUGUACUCUGAACUAAGACGAGAAUCAAUGGCUACUGGAAGUAUCCCAAUCACUGUUCGCCACAUUGAAAGUAUGAUCCGUAUGGCAGAGGCUCACGCUCGCAUGCAUCUUCGUGAAUAUGUUCAUGAAGAUGAUGUUAAUAUGGCUAUCCGAGUUAUGCUUGAAUCUUUCAUAGACACUCAGAAGUUCUCUGUUAUGCGUGCCAUGAAAAAGAACUUUGUCAGAUACCUGUCUUUCAAGCGAGACAACAAUGAGCUUUUAUUCUUCUUGCUGCGGCAACUGGUGCAUGAGCAGACUACAUAUAUGCACUCUCGUUAUGGGCCUGACCAUGAUGUUGUACAAGUUUCUGAAAAGGAUCUUCUUGAUAGAGCUCGUCAGAUCAACAUUAUGAACCUCCAGCCAUUCUUUGAAAGUGACAUCUUCAAGGCCAAUAACUUCACACAUGAUGCCAAAAGAAAGUUGAUUGUCCAGGCAUUCUAAAGAAAGAACCACCAUUAAAAGUUUGUAAAUUUUUUGGGGAGAUUUUUUUUGUAAAGAUAUUCAAGUUAAUUUUUAGUUCCAGCUGGUUUUAUUGCAUUAGAGAUAAUUACCAAGUCUUAAUUCAGCUUAGACCUGUAUACAUCAUCCCAGUGAUGUUUUGUGUAUAAGAUUGGGGUGAUCUUGGUAGAAUUUAUAUACAUUGAACCCUCAAAGAUCCGGACUAAAGGGGGGGGGGGGGCACCUGUCCCGAUAAACCGAUGUCCAAACCUUCUGGCAAAUGUACAAAAUGCAUAAAAAUGAUAAAUAAUUAUAAAAAAUACAGUACAUAUUAUCCUGACUACUGGGGUUAGUUAUACAGACUUUUUCCUGUGAAAAAGCCACAAUUUUGAGCAACAUAUCACUGUACUCAUUUGUACUACAUUAAAGGAAAAAAUUUUAAUAUAUAUUUUUGCAAAACAUAAUCAAAUUAUUUGUUAUCUUGCAAGGAUUCCAGCAGUGCAAAUUAUGUUCUGCUAAGUUUAGUCUGUGAAAUUUUAUAAGAUAAAAACUUCAAGUCUAAAACUACCUUCACCCCUGGGAAGGGGGUUGGAGUGUUAAGGUAUUGACCAGCCGGCAACGAAGGUUACCCAGUGCGUAUUUAUUUUUGUCAUAAAGAGGGAAUUUUAGUUUUUCGCUUAAAAAAUGUCACUGAAUUGAUUUGGGAGAAUAUAACUUAUAUUGCUGGAAUUCUUGUAAGAUGAUGAUUAAUUUGAAUAUAAACAUGCUAUAGUUUGCACUAGACAUAACAUUCUAGUAAUUAUUUAGUACAUUUAAUUAAAGUACAGGUUUGCCCUUAGGUCAAUUAUUUCUUUUACUUUUUUGCAAUAUGGAUUUAGGAUGGUGUGUGCAUGUAAAUGAGUAAAAAUAAAUUAAGAAAGUUAUGUAUACCCAAAAAUACACAUUGAAAAACUUGGACUAAAGUUUUUAUAUCUUGUUCAAAAUAUAUGAUGUCUAUACAGGUAUUCAAAUUAUGUGCUGUCUUGCGAGGAUUCCUGCAAUGCAAGCUAAAUUCUGUUAAUUUUAGUCUGACAUUUUAUAAGAUGAAAACUUUAAGCCCAAAAACUACCUUCACCCUGUUUUGGGAAUGCUUCUUAACCCAGAACCCCCAAUUUUUUUUGUCCAAAUCUUCCAAAAUUUGGUUUUACCGGGUCCGAAUCUCUGAGGGUUUACUGUACAGUAUUUCAAUUACAAAACAAAACUUUUAAGUACCUGUUAGUAUUACAUGAUUUUGCUGUAUUGAGUAGCCUUGCAUGUUGACCAGCUCAAUGAAAGCCGAGUUGAACAAACUCGUGCAACAAAAUUUUCUAUUUGGAAAAAUUAACCAUAGUGACAGAUAUGUUAAUGGGUCAGUGCUCCAAUAGAUUUGCAUUUUUUUUUAUCCAGAUUGGAAAGCUAAUAACCUCUUAAAAAUGAAAUUAUAAAAUAUAUAGGAAUUGCCACCUGUCAGGAACAACUUGUGUGUAUGCCCACCACAGCUUCUUGGCUCCGGUUCUUUAGCAACUGUAGCUUCUUUGGAGUAGCCCAAACAAUAAUAAGUUUUGGUUUCCACACCAGUGUGUGUUCGGCUGACAUUCACAAGUCGUUCUAUCCAGGAUUGGUUAUAAAAUGGUCAUUUAGGAUCAAACCCACAAUUAGAAUAUAGGGUAAGAGAAACUUAUAUAGAAACACCUCACUGUAUUUCCAACAACUUUAAUAAAUAAAAAAAAAUAUUUUUGAAUACUGUUGUGUCUCAAAGGUUCCUGUUUAGAUGUAAUUUUUUUUGUUACUGUACUAUGUUCAAAGGGAAACAAAAUACAUCUACAACUAUAUCUCUAUGUAUCAAUUAGUGAUGUAGAGUCACAGGCCUAAUUUUCAAAUCUCAAUUUUUUUUUGUUCCAGAGUACAAAUUUAUUUACUAUUAAUUUUUAAAUCAGCUGGAAGGAUGUUGUCAAGUGCACAAGUUUGGGUUUGGGUAGGGAGAGAGAUCCCCCACCUCAGGUCACUAACUGGACCACUAAUGCACUGCAGUAAGUUCUCACUUAACGUCGGGGUUAUGUUCCUAAAAACGCGACAUUAUACGAAACAACGUUAAGCAGAUCAAUUUGGUUAAAUUACAUAUUUUCGAGUUCCAAAGUCAGUACACAGACAAAAUUUUCAUCUGUAAUUCACUUUAAAAUGGCUGACAAACUUAAAAGUGAGUGUUUUGUGGUGAUGAGAAGAAAAAGAGACACCCAUUUUCAAUUUUCUAUGUAUUGUUCAAGCAUUUCCGACUUUGAUGUCGGUCUCUAACCCCUUCGUAAGUUGGGGAGUAGCUGUAUAAGAAAAAAAAUCAAUCACAUACUGUAUACAGUAUAUCUGUAAUAAAAAUAGCAUAUUAC